UUCACCACAAGUUCACCACAAAGAGGCCAAGGAUGUUAUCAAAAAAUGCUGGCUUCACUCUUUUAGCUUUAUCUCUUUUGUGGAUCUCAUUGAGGGCCUGUACCGCAGAUAACAUACCUCAAAAAUAUGAUCCAAAAAGCAUGGAGAAAAGAUUUGAGCAAUGGCUGGCAAGAUAUGGUAUACAGUACAGUGACAGGGAUGAAUGGUUGAUACGUUUUGGAAUUUACCAAUCCAAUGUUCAGCUUAUUGACUACAUCAACUCUCUGAAUUUAUCAUUCAAUUUGACUGACAACAAAUUUGCAGACAUGACAAAUGAUGAGUUUAAAUCUAUAUACUUGGGUUUUCGGAGCAAACAACAUUCAAGGGAAAGCAAAAGCUACCAACGUGAAGUGUAUUAUGAUUUGCCCGAUAGCAUUGAUUGGAGACCGAAAGGUGCUGUCACUCCAAUCAAGGAUCAAGGCCAAUGCGGGAGUUGUUGGGCAUUCUCUGCAGUCGCUGCUGUUGAGGGUGUAAACCGCAUCAAAACAGGAAAAUUGAUCUCACUCUCUGAACAAGAGCUUGUUGACUGUGAUGUCAAAAGUGGAAAUCAAGGCUGUAAUGGUGGAUUAAUGGAGAAUGCAUUCGAAUUCAUCAUGAAAAAUGGACUGACCACUGAGGAUGAUUAUCCGUACAAUGGACUUGAUGGGUCGUGUGAUGAGAAAAAAGUUAAAAGGCAUUCAGUGACAAUAAACGGAUUUAAGACAGUAAAAAAUAAUGAGACAAGACUACAAGCCGCAGUUGCCAAUCAGCCUGUAUCUGUUGCCAUUGAUGCAGGAGGAUAUGGUUUUCAACUGUACUCUGGAGGUGUCUUCACUGGAUCUUGUGGAUAUGAGCUCAACCAUGGAGUCACAGUAGUUGGCUAUGGUAAAGAUGGUAGUAGAAAGUACUGGCUUGUGAAGAAUUCAUGGGGCAAAUUCUGGGGUGAAUCUGGUUACAUAAGAAUGGAACGUGACUUCAAAGAUAAAAGAGGUAUUUGUGGUAUUGCUAUGGAGACUAGCUAUCCUGUUAAGUCUUAAAAGCAUCAUUUUCAUUCCUGUUGAAGGAAACUUGGUGUGUCAUUUAAAACAUUCUUCUACAUUAUAACUUUUAGGAAAAGUAGAAGUUAAAAAGGUAAUAAGAAUAAGAUUCGUGCCAAGCUGACUACACAAAUCAAUUUGGUUCAAACAUAUAUAAAGUGGGUUCUAUAAAUUCUCUUGUGUAACAUGGUCUCCAUUGAAUAUUUUCAAUCAUAAUUAAGAAAUAUUGUUCUAGUAC